UCUGAGACAAUAUCAGUCUCCCCGUAGCCCAGCUCCUACACUGUCUCUUGGGUGUACAGGAGGGUAGGCACUGGGACACUUUCUGGAAUACUUUCAACUCUUCUUCUCCUCCUUGAACAUUCUUUUCUUCUUCUCUAAUUUCUGAGAAUUCUCCUGAGGCUGCAGGCAUGCCUCUCUCGAUUUCCGCCCACCCUAACAAGAGGAAGAAGGUCAACAAGAUCAUUACUGAUCUGACCAACAUCACCCAGGAUGAUGAAGAGUCAAACCCUGAGGCGUCCGAAUUUGAUCUGGGCACAAAGAUCAACACUCCUAAAGACACCAUGUUGGAGGAACUGUCUCUUUUGACCAACAAGGGAUCCAAGAUGUUCAGGAUGAGGCAACAGAGAGUGGAGCACUUCAUCGUCACCAACGAGAAUAUGCAGAAUCUCCAGCAGCUGGUUCCAUCCCUGGGGUGUGAGACGACAGCCCCACCACUCACUCAGGAACUGGAGCACGAGGAGGAUAAGGAGGCGGAGGAAGAAAAGAAGAGACAGCAGUACGUGCAGACUUACGUGUCGCCGUGGGAACGAGCCAUGAGGGGAGACGAGUCCCUGACCUCUACCAUGCACCACCACAUGGCUGGACCACAUACCCCCCACGACAUGCCUAAGUUCAAGAGCUUCAAUAGGACGGCCCUGCCCUAUGGCGGCUCCGAGAACGCGGGAGGCCACUUGACCUUCGAGCCUCCCGAGAUCCUAUUCGCCCAGCUGGAGGCGGAGUCCCUCCACUCCCUGCAGGGGGACAUUAGGUCCCGCCCCUCGUUCAACCGCACCCCCAUCGGCUGGGUCUGUAACCUGGAGGACAACUCACACAUCCACAUGGAGCUGGACAACAUGCUGCCCUUCGACGGAGAGACGGAUGAUCUGUAGACACACACACACACACACACACACACACACACACACACACACACACACACACACACACACACACACACACACACACACACACACACACACACACACACACACACACACACACA